UUGGCUGCAUACCCAUGUUGAUUAUCGUUUGGGGUAAAAGUUCUAACACAAAAUUCAUAGAUUUUGUAUAAAAUUUUUCAUAUUGGAUCCCCAAUAUGGAUAGUUCACCAGUUACUAUGUCGUUCAACAAGUUAUGUCGUCUUUGCGCAUUGGAACAAGAUGCUACGUUGGCAGCUUCUGAAGAACUUCGCAGUAAAAUAAUGAAAUAUAUAGACAUAGAGGUAAAAGAUGAAGACAAUCUACCGAAAAAUAUUUGUGCAAACUGCUGCGCACAAUUGAAUACUGUUUGUAGUUUUAUAGAUUCAGCACAAGAAGCUCAGAAUAGUCUUAAUAAAAUAAUUUGUGGUGCAACCAAAAUCGAAACAUCCGCUGAAAAUAAUUUAUCUCGUAAAGAAAAAGUACGCGAUAAAAUAACGUAUCUAAACGGUAUAGAUGGCGAAAAUGUUACUCUAAGAUUGAUUGGAAGUGAAAUCACGCUAUCUGAAAUUAAUCCCCACACAGAUGAAGAAAAAUUCAAUGUGAUAAAAGAAGGACAAAAGCCGUUCUUAUGUAAAGUAUGUUGCAGAAGGUUCUGCACAGAAAUAGCACUGAAGAAUCAUACAUGGACACAUGAUAGCCAGAAUUUUGGUUCUGCAAGACAAUAUAAAUGUGCAAUAUGCGAAGAGGAGUUUGAUCGUAAAAUUGAUAUGGACAAGCAUACAAAACAGCACAAAGAUACGUGUAUAUGUUCCAUUUGUAAUCGAGUCUUUCACUCCCAAUGGAAUCUUAAGAAACACCUUGCAAUUCACACUUCGAAAAAGAAGUUAUACACCUGUGCUGAUUGUAGCCGUACUUAUUCUACUUUAAGUAGUUUCAAAACCCAUCAAAUAACUCACAGCACUGACAGACCCUAUUCUUGCAACUUUUGCAGUAAGAGGUUCAAAAGGUUUCAAGAAUUAAGAUAUCAUAUGUAUAAGCAUACUGGAGAGAAACCUUUUAAUUGCUUACAAUGCCAAGAAAAUUUUGUAACAAGAAAAGGUCUAUAUAUUCAUUAUGAAAAGGAACAUCCAGGAAAAAACUGGCCAUUAGCUUUGAUCUCAAAAAAUAUAUUACUUAUGUAGUAUGGAAGUUAAAUGUAAAA